GUUUAUCAGAGAGGGUCAGUUCUAAUUCGACGCCCAUACGGUUCAAACGAUUCGCGGCAAAAUGUUUCGCUUUCUUUUCUUUGUGUUGCUGAGUUUUAUUUUAAUUCUGCAGAUAAAAUAUGGCCUCAGUCAGAAUAACGAUGAAAGUGCACUGUGUGAUUGCAAUUGUGAUGUGCAAAUAAAUGUCGUGAAAAAAUUAUUGGAAGACUUGGAUGAAGUGCGAAAGAAUACAGAUAAGAUUUCAGACAUCGAAAAGCAGUUGGCAGUGAAUCGAGUAUCAAAACCUUCUAGUUAUAUGGAAGUAAAACCACCUAGUUAUAUGGCAACGAAUCCAUCGAGUUGUAUGGAAGCAGCCGCUAACAGCUUAAAUAGUGGCGUCUAUAAAAUUAAGCUCGAAAAGUUGAAUAUCACCGACUUUGAGGUGUUUUGUGAACAAGACAUCUAUUUUGGAGGAUGGUUAGUUAUACAACGACGGCAAAGUGGCUCCGUGAAUUUUAAUAGAGAUUGGAAUGACUAUAAGGAGGGAUUUGGUGAUCUAACCGGAAACUAUUGGAUCGGUUUGGAAAAACUACAUGCGCUCACCAACAGCUGUGAACAGGAGUUGUAUGUUCAACUGGACAGGCGUAGUGGCGAAAAACGCUAUGCAAAAUAUUCCCUAUUUCUUAUUGGGGAUGAGUCAGAGGACUACAUUUUGAAGAGUGUGGGUGAUUAUAGCGGAAAUGCAGGCGAUUCCUUAAGCCCUCAAUCGGGAUACAAAUUUUCAACGUACGAUCGUGAUAAUGAUAUUUGGGGUGGUGGAAGUUGUGCAAAGUUAUAUGAAGGCGGUUGGUGGUAUCACAGUUGCUAUAGAAGUCACUUAAAUGGACUCUAUGGAGAUGAUAAUGCCGGUGUUAAUUGGUGUGGCAUAAGAGAAUAUGAAUCUUUGACAUUUGUACAAAUGAUGAUACGACCAACAGCAAAUUGUUGGCGGCGUUGGAGAUGAAUUAUUUACACUUAAAUCAAUAUGCUUCACUAACUUAAUUGUUUGUAUUUAAGAGGUUAUAUUAUUUUGGUCAUGAUUAACGGUAUAAUUUCAAUAAUUUUUGUUAAAUAUUUAGUUCAAACUUUUUAUUGUCGUAAAGCUACACUUUAAUGCGCGAUAUGAGAGUUACGACGACUACUUUCUCCAAAACUAAUACUCGGCUCGACUUGAAAUUUUAGCACAAUAUUAUUGAAUACAUGUAUUGAUAACUGUUAACUGUUAUAAGACCCAUGUAUUCCCUUAAAAUAUGCUUUUAUUAAUACUCUUAUGUACAGAAUUAUGACAAUUUUAUAUCAAAUAUAUUAUAAUGAUCGCAUAAACUUUAUUAAAAA